CAAGUUGACAAUCGAGCGAAUUGCAAUGCGAUCGCUGGCGAAGCGGAACAUUUGUUUGCUGCUGGCGCUGCACUUAACCGCAUCAGUGUUGACCUUGAAUCAGUCAAAGCUCGAGUCCGAGUCUCCAUCCUCCUCUUCGGCUCAUCAUCGUGUGAAGCGCAUUGUGGGCGGCAGACACUCGAAGGCGCCGCCUGUGGAUGAUCCGGUUGUGUUUGCACGUCUCUUCAAUCGGGAUGCACGCGUCGAGGGCAUCCGGAAUCCCAGCACGGGCAUCUACAGUUUCCUGGGCAUACACUAUGCCGAACCGCCGGUGGGUCAAUUGCGCUAUGCGCGUCCUGUUUACCGUCGUCUCGGUGGCGAUUUGAAUGCAACGCGCCAUGGACAGCCGUGUAUUCAGCCGCAUCCACAGCAGCGGCAGCGCAUCAUUGGAGAUGAGAACUGUUUGCUGUUGAACGUGUAUACGCCCCAGAUGCCGGAUGAGACGACAGGAUUGCCGGUGUUUGUCUGGAUACAUCCGGGUGGCUUUCGUUAUGGUUCCGCUGCGCAAUACGAUGCCACGCCCAUGGCACAACAGGGCGCUAUUGUGGUCGCACCACAGUACCGUCUCGGCUCGCUGGGCAUCAUGGGCGAUGGCACAAAGGAAUUCGAUGGCAAUCUGGCCAUGUUCGAUCUGUCCGCGGCCCUGCGUUGGGUCACCGACUACAUCGCCAACUUUGGCGGCAAUCCCAAACAGGUUCAGGCCAUCGGACAUGGCUCAGGAGCGGCCAGUGCCAUGUACUUGUCCAUGUCCCGUGCAGCCCGUAGUGCUGGCGAGGUUCAUGGUGUGGUGGCCAUGUCGGGCACUGCUUUAUCUCAGUAUGCCACCGAUAAGGAGCCCGUGCAGAGUGUCCAGGAGGUGGCCAAGAUCAAUGGUUGUCCCACGGGCAAUGAACUGGAAAUUGUGGGCUGCCUGCGAGGGAAAUCCGCCAUGGAUAUCAUCAAGAACGAUGACAAGGUGCAAACGGAGCGUUUGGCAGGACGUGCUCUGGUCAAAGGACUCACUGGCAGCGUUGGCUUCCAGCCGCAUGUCGAAUCAGAGGAUGAUAGAAGAGCAUUGCCCAGUUUGAUCAUUGGCGAGCCGGAGCAGCAGCUGCGCAGUGGAAACUUUACGGGAAUACCCUUGCUGACAGGCGUGACAAAACAUGAGACGGCAAACUCGGUGUCGGUGGAUACAUUGAACAAGGUCUUUGGCUCCGCCGAGAAGUUCCUGGGCUCAUUAAAUGAUGCACUGCAUCAGUUGACGGGAUUCCUGCGCAUCGAUCAGUUGACUGGCAAUAUUGCCAAGCCCGUGUUGCCGGGAUUGACGAGUAUACUGACGCCCACGUUGCAGGAGUUGUGGAAGGUGCCGGAGACAUUGAAUGUGGAUCAAGUGCUGGCCAAGGUGGUGGAGUCCACCACCGAUGUGCUGUUCAAUCUGCCCGCUGUGCUGACAACCCAAGUGUGGUCCAAACUGGCACCUGCCUACAUGUACAGCUUUGAGUACAAUGGCAGCCAAUCGAAGGGUAUCAAUUUCCUAAGUGGUCUGCCCAUUGUCUCGGAGCAGGCACACGAUAAGCCUGAGACGGUGGCCCAUGGUGAUGAAUUGGGUUAUAUGUUCGAUGCGAAUGAUAUUUUUGGUAAUCCUCUGCCAGAGACACGUCUCACCAGCUCCGAUGAUCUGCAGGUGCGCAGGAAUCUCAUCGAUAUGCUCAUCCAAUUCGCCAGGCAGCAGGAGACGGGCAAGGAUGGCAACUCUAUAAGCUCCAAGCUCUUUCAGAGCGUUACGGGAGGCGGCACGCCCUUCAUCAAGAUUAACACCCAACUGGAGGCGGCCAGUGAUUUUCGGUUCUGUGAAUUGUCCGUGUUGGGCGCCUCGUUGUCACCGCUAAGCUCGACGAGCUGCGCCGCCUUCGGAAGUCUGUUGGGACAGCUGGGCGGUGGCCUGGGACAGACGCUGGGCGGCGUGGGAGGACAACUGGGACUGGGCAACGUGGGUGGAAAGCUUGGACUAGGCGGCGGCAAUAGCAAUGGCAAUGGAAAUGGAAACAGACGACCUGGCGGCUUGGGAUUGGGAUUGCUUUAAUAACGUCAGUUCCCUGAGCAAAUAUGUAUAUAAUUUCACAGAAUGUCACGAAUAAGCAAUAAAUACAAAUAUGUUGUAUAUUUUUUUGAAAAAUUA